CUUUGGGGUCAAUGGAAAAGUUUCUAAAUACUUGGCAUUUUUCCUGAGUUUCUGUGUUGUGGAGAAACCUUCACACUGGUGUCAUAUGGCAGAAGGGAGCUCAAGGGAGCACAGUGUUGUGGAGCAUCUUCAUUCUUCACUGUGGUCCCAAACCAUGAAUAUUGUGGGCCAGUUAGCGGAGACGGUGUUUGUGACUAUGAAGGAGUUGUACCGAGGUAUUAACCCCGCAACUCUCACUGGAGGGAUUGAUGUCAUUGUGGUGCGACAGCCUGAUGGAUCAUUUCAGUGUUCACCAUUUCACGUUCGCUUUGGCAAGCUUGGUGUCCUGCGCUCAAAGGAGAAAGUGGUGGAUAUUGAGAUAAACGGAGAAUGUGUUGAUCUACACAUGAAACUGGGGGACAAUGGAGAAGCGUUUUUUGUGGAGGAAAACGAAAACAUGGAGGACAAGGUCCCAGCUUAUUUGUGCACCUCCCCAAUUCCUUUUGAAAUUAUUGACGAUCUGGAGGAGACGGCCGAGUCAGCCUCCAUUCCCGGAGGAGGGACCCGGAAGAAGAAACGGCGUCGUAAACGUGUGCGUUCUGACGCUCACAUGAGGGAUGACACUGCCUCCUCGUCUGAUGAACGAGAGAGGGAGAGAGAAAAUGAUCAGGCUGGACAGGAGACCCCCACGAAAGAAGCACUUGUCACUUCGUUGCAUGAUUGCAAAUCGGUGUACUACUCAUUCUCUGAUGAGCCAAACUGGCCAGUGGUGGAAAUGGAGGCCAAAGAUACUCAUCCAUAUUCAGAUGAACACUCCCCAAAAGAAAGUCCUGUGUUCAACAGUCGGCCAAACUCUCCUAAGAGUGAUUCUGAGCUUCUGGUUAAACAUCAAGACUCCACAGAGCCACAGAUGCAGUGGAACUGGGGAGGGUUUCCUAUGCCAUGCCAGUCAUCGAGGGUGUCUGUGGAACUGGAGGACAUCGCUCAUUUUGGCACGUCUCAUUUCUGCACCAUUCAAAGACAAGAGUCAUUUGAUAUGGGCUGUGAACCCGUGAUCACCUGUGGUAAAGUUCGCAGCGUAAAGGUGGUCAGGCCACAGCCUAGGACUCGCUCCCUAGAUCUAAGUAGCUACUCUGUACAAACUGCACAUUUUUCCUCAGAGAUAAUCCCUCAUGUUGCCCAUUCCAUGUCCUUUGACCUCUCAGUGUGUUGCCCAGCAUCAGGAUCAACCAAUGUGGAGUCAAGACAGGCACUUCAAUCCAUAUUGGAGCAGGAAACUACAAACUUCAACAGCAAUGAAGCCACUGUGACCAAUACAAUCGACUCUUUGUGGAAAAAUGGUGGAACGGAACCAGAAAAUGUGCAGCCCAUGACAGAGAACACAGUCAAAUCAGAAGCAGCUGUAGAGAGAGAUACGCUUGUCUUAUCUCAUGUACGUUUUAAGACAGCAUCAAGUUCCACUGGUACAGAGUUCUCAAAAAGCAGAGAAAAUCAACAACAGCUGGGUGCUUUGUCCGAGCUAAGUGAACAGAGUUCCACCAGCCUGUACCCCUCCACCUGCGCUGAGGCAGGGGAAGAGGAUGGUGGGCCUGAUGUGGUGAAUGGGUCAAUAGCAGGCUCACCAACUGAACCACCCAAGACUAAGGGAGAAGUUCAAGAUGCUAGGACAAGCUCAUGUGUAACAGAGAGGUUAGGAAGCGCCUCUGAGGCAACCUACAAAACAGAUCAUCCAGAGAAAAAGAAAGGUAAACGUAACCACCAUCUGGGACCAACAGGUAUCUACUUAGAUGAUUUGACGAAACUGGAUCCUGAGGUUGCCGCACUAUACUUCCCAAAGAGUGAUACAGAGGGAGCAUCUUAUCGAGGGGCAGAGCAGGGAUCAGGGAGCCAGUCCCCACAAUCAGUGGGUAGCGCGGCCAUGGACAGUGGCACAGAGUACUUGUCAGAUUCCGCCACCUACAGCAUGGAUGUUAGCAUGUCCCUCUGUAGGCGUGAGGGUGAUGCCAGCCAAAUUACCAAGGAAAACUUUAUGGAGCACAUUGUGACAUAUCAGGAUUUUGUCAACAAUCCAGGAAUCAUUGAAGAUCCAAGUCUUGUCAUCUGUAUCAACUCCAAUUACUAUAACUGGGCUGUGGCUGCUCCAAUGGUCUUGUCAAUGGCAGCUUUCCAGAAGAAUCUACCCACGAGUGCUGUCGAAAAGCUGGUGAAGGAUAAAAUGCCAAAAAAGUCUGGACGCUGGUGGUUCUCUUGGAGAAGACGAGACAUGAAAAACCAGCAGAAGCACUCAUCACAGGAAAAGGAGAAGUCACUAGAACAUGCAGCUUCCACACUAAAAAACACUUUGGAUGACAUCAACAGUGAUGAGGUAGCAGAACAUGGCCAACAAUCCAUUGCUGAAUCCAACCUAUCAGCAGAAGCCUUUAAUGCUGCUCAGUGUAUCAGUCAGAUGUACCGCAAAUCACUUCGUCUGACCUCAGAGCAGAUCGAGCAUCUAAACCUGCGGGAAGGAGCCAACAAAGUGGUGUUCAGUGUGACCACACAGUACCAAGGCACCUGUCGUUGUGAGGCUGCCAUUUACCUGUGGAACUGGGAUGACCGCAUAAUCAUAUCAGACAUAGAUGGCACAAUCACUAAGUCUGAUGCACUUGGUCAUAUCCUACCUCAGUUUGGCAAAGACUGGACACACCAAGGCAUUGCCAAACUCUACCACAGAAUACACCAGAAUGGCUAUAAAUUUCUUUAUUGUUCUGCACGGGCAAUUGGUAUGGCAGGCAUCACUAAGAAUUACCUGCAGUGGGUCAAUGACAGAGGCACCGUCCUCCCUAAAGGUCCUGUACUGCUGGCUCCCAGCAGCCUGUUUUCAGCAUUGCACAGAGAGGUUAUCGAGAAGAAGCCAGAGGUGUUUAAAGUGGCUUGCCUCAAUGACAUCAAAGACCUGUUUAAUGCUCAGAGACAACCUUUCUACGCAGCCUUUGGCAACAGGACUAAUGAUGCUUAUGCUUAUAAGCAGGUUGGGGUGCCUGAUGCAAAGAUAUUUUCUGUCAACCCAAAAGGAGAGCUCAUCCAGGAGAUGACUAAGGGGAACAAGUCCACGUACAGCCACCUCAGUGAGGCGGUGGAGCAUUUCUUCCCAUUUAUCUGUGUUGAGCCCAGCACUUCCUCUGCUUUAGACUGCCCUGACUACAGCUACUUUUCCUACUGGAAAGAGCCCCUGCCUGAAUUAGACCUGGAUACAUUACUGUAGACACACUACUAUUCACACAGUAGAACAGUACAGCAGAGGAAUCUGCAAAUAUUUGGAUAUUUGACAAAGUUAUUAAGCUUUCAGUUGCCUAUACCUUUAUACUGGAAAUAAAAGCAAACAAGAACAGACAUUCAGAGAAUGCAACACCGGUGCAUAAUGUUUGACACAAAUUAAUUAUUUGUGAUUCAGUCAUAUUGCAGUAUAUGGCUCUGUGUGUCCAGUUACAUUUGAUCACAUCUAUCCAAAGUUGAAACAUUUUAUCCUUGUCUAACACACAACCUUUCCACCAUGGUUAAUCCACACGGACUCCAAACAGUCACAACUCUGAUGUCAGAGUUCAUAUGACGAGUAUAAGGGUGGCUUAUGACUUCAUGUUGGUGUAACCAUGAUUAUUCCUUUAACCAGUUCUUCAAAGUAGCCAUUCUAAAUGAGUUUAAUCUUUCAAGGUCACCCAGAGUCAGCAGUCAUGUAUCACUUUACAUUUGAGUUUAAUAGGUGUAUCUUUAACCAAUUACUUGUAUUAGUUAUUUUACUGUAAAUAUGCAGCUAUGUAACCAUUGUGCAGGGAUGGUGGCCAGACGGUUAAGUGUGGAUGUUUUCAGUGCAGAAGGUUCCCAGUUCAAACCCAUCCCUGCCCAUUCUCCAUGUAAUAUGGAGUUGUAUCAAGGAAGGCAUUUGGCGUAAAACGUGUACCAAAUCAACAUGCAGACCCACCUUGUAUCCGUUGUAGUGACACUGAGUGAAAACAAGGGAGCAGCUGAAGGAAACUGCUUCCUACCCAGCUGUGUAACCAUUUUUGCUACAGUGUUCUUUGUCAUUUGAUGUAACUCUGUGCAUUCUGUCUUUUUGUUCCAAACUCAGUGGAAUGACUAUGGGUCACCUGAGGACAAAGUUUUUUGAUGUUGAUGGAAAUUGCUAACAUUUUAAGGUUACAGGCCAAGGUCAUGCUUUUGGCCCAUUGGAUAAAGAUGACCAGUGGUUACUAUGAAACACUAAUACUAUAAAGUCAUGUAUCACCUUUCGACUGGUCACGUGUUGUUUUAAUCUUGGGUGGCCUUGAAAGGUCAGAGUUGAGGUUGCAACCUUUUAACUCAAGCAGUUUGGAGCCAAUAUAGAUUACAUGUGGUGGAAAUGUUGUGCAUUAGUUUUUGGCAUAACUCACACAAAAAUCAUAAAACAUUAGUUUUCAUGGUGUGGGUGUUGUACUCCCUGAAUGUCUGUUUUUGUGUUCUAUGUUGCCUUCAGCUGCAAUAUGCAAAUGGAUAAAUUAACAUGUGUGAUAUGUGGAAGGAAUUUGCCUGUUUUGUGUCUAUUUAUGCUGGAUGAACUCAAAACAGUGAGACAAAUUAAAUUAUGACAUGCGCUGACUGUGUGACUAAUCGUUUAAAUCUGAAAUACUUGAUUUAUUAGAACAGAUGUCAAUGUUUGCACAUGCUGUUGUGUUUUGUCUGUGACAAUCCUGAAAAGAACCAUAACUGGACUUUCAUCCUUUUUUCAUUACUAUUGUGUGUGUCUGUUUUUAGCAUUCCUGGUUAUAAAAUUAAAAACUGUCUUUGCAUGAUGACAGAAGUAACUGAUUUAAGAUCACAUUGUGGACCAGCACUGUGUUAUGAGAAUAUAGAAAUAGUUUAUCUGAAUUCCUGGUUUCUACUGUAAAGGUUUUUUUUACCCAUUUUAUGAGAAAAGGUUAAAAUAAUACUAGCUUUAAAGUGAUGUCAGGGACUGACUGGAAAAAUAUCAUUAAUCCAAAAAUUGUGCUUCUGAGUUGCGAAUAGGACUCAGAUGUAAUGCUGUGGAGUUUGGGGGUUUUAUAGUGUGUGUAUGAGAAUAUGUUAUGUGUGAGAAUGUUAUGAAUGUUAUUAAAAUGUUCUGUAUUGUUGGUCUCUUGCCUGGAUAAGUGCAUCUAGUUUUGUCAGUCAUAAUAUGGACAGGAGAUACUUGCUGUGAUAAUAAAUAUUGAAAGCCUGCAGAUCAUCACAUGCUGAGUGCUGGUGUUGAGGCAACACAAGUUUGUUUCUCCCUCAAAUGCCAGCAAGUGCCCUUUGGUUACAACAUGCACAUUUCAGGUGUGUUUGUAACAUAAUUACACUGUAUUCAGACACACAGUAUCAUGUAACAUGCUGUGUGCAGAAUAUAAACUGAAGCUGAAAAUGUUGCUGUAAGUUUUUUCAAACCAAAUAUAAAUGACUCAAUUUAAAA